AUGUUCAUCAAGGAGAUAGUUCUCGAUGGGUUUAAAUGCUAUGAGGAAAAAGUGGUGGUAGCCAAUCUCGACAGAUCGUUCAAUGCAGUAACUGGGAUGAAUGGAUCUGGGAAGUCCAAUGUACUUGACGGGAUCCUGUUUGCUCUUGGGCUUGAAGGUACAAAGGCGCUGCGUGCGAACAACAUCAAGGAGCUUAUCAAUAGCAACAGAAAGGAAUGUAAGGUAAGUGUUGUGAUGUGUAACAAAGAAAAGGCGAGGAGUCCACCUGGGUACGAACAUUAUGAUGAGAUUUGUGUUUCCCGGGCGAUUGAUAGUGAGGGAAGAACAAAAUGCUAUAUAAAUAAUCACCUUUGUACCUUUUCGACGCUGAGCAAGCUGUGCGGGUCGAUGGGCCUCACGUCCCGGGGAUCUUUUUCUUCUGUUGUGAUGCAAGGGCACAUAACAAAAGUUCUGAGUAUGAAGAGCUCUGAUCUCCGGGGGCUUAUUGAAGAGACAGCAGGAACAAAGUCCUAUGAGAAGGAGAAAGAGAAGGCAAUGAGUAUGAUUGAGAAGAAAGAAGAGAAACUUAGAGAGGCCCAGGAGAUGCUGAAGAGAAGGAUAUCGCCGUUUUACGACAAGCUUCGGGAGGAAAGAGCAAGGUUUCUGGAGACCCGAGACCUGAAGGAAAGGAAGAGGAUUCUGUCGCAAAGGGAACAGGAAGUUAAAGAGAUCCUGGUUGUGGAUGAGGUUCGGGAAGAGAUAGAUGUUCUAGACAGGAGCUUAAGAAGUUAUAUUGAAGAGAUGAAGAGCUUGGAACUGAUUGAGAAAAGAAUAGAGGAGAUUUCGGGAGCAAAGGAGGAAGUGGAUAUUGUGUGGAUUAAGGCAUCUAUUGAUGGAGAAAAGUUGAAAUUGGAUGAGAUGAAGGGCAAAGGAUUGGAAGAAAGACUUUUAAAGAAGAAGGAAGAAGUAAGGAUGAUGGAAGGAUUGAGGCCAGGCCUAGAGCUUGCUAGACUUGUUGAGAGGGAAAGAUUGCUUGCGGAGAGCUUAAGAAGAAUGGACACUGGGGAAAACGAUGUCCUGAGAAAAGCUGAAGAACUUACAUCUCUUAAAUUACAGAGGUCCCGAAUUGAAUUUGAGUUUAACUCAAUCUCAGAGGGAGUUUUCUCUCAGGAGAGAUUAGACGAGAUUGAGAGGAUUAAAGUCUCUGAAGAGGAGAUUGAGGAGCUUCGGAAGAAGGCACAAGUACUAAGGUCUAAAAUCAACUAUCCUCUUGUUGAAGGGGUUUUCGGGACUGUUGAGGAGAAUGUUGAGGUAUGUGAUGAAAGAUAUCUUGAGGCGGUGUAUACUGUAAUGGGGGCCAGGGCCAAGUAUGUUAUAACAUCGGACGAAAAAGUUGGGGGCCUUCUACUGAGCACUGCAGAGAGGAGUGUGAGCGUAAUACCACUUUCGAAGAUAAGGGUGUUUUGCCUCUCGGCAAGUGUUUUGAAAGAGAUAGAAUCGAGAGGAGGUGUGAGUAUGGUCAACCUUUUGAGAUUUGACAACAGUGUUCGAAAGGCCAUUGAGUUUGUAUUUGGUAACUUCUUUAUGUUUGAAAGCAAGGAGAUGGCUAGAAAAGUCUGUUUUGAGCAGAAGGUGAUGUGUGUAACCAUUGAUGGAACUGUAUAUGAUCCAAAAGGAACACUUAGUGGAGGAAAGACGAGCUUCAAGAUUGGUACUGUACGAAGAAAGGAUGUGGAGGAGAUAGAAAGGCUUGUUGAGUCUCUGGAGUUGAAUAGAAGGAAGUUUGAGGCACUGAAGGAGGAAUAUGCAAGGUUAUUGAGGGGGAAGGUCUUGGAUGAGAGAAGGUUAAAGCUUAAAAAGGAGAUGGGGUCUCUGGAUACACGGAUCUCCGUUUUGUCUGAUCUGUGCGAGGAUGGAAUGAACAUCAGAGAGGAAUUAAGGGUUGUACGAGAAAAGAUAGUUGAAGGAAUGAAGGAGAAGAGCAAAGCGGAUAUUAUUGAAGAAAAGAAGAAGAAGUUAGAGUCCCAAAUAAGAGAAAUGGAGUUGGAGAUCAAACAGAACCAAGAGGAGAUGAGAAGGUGUGAAGAAAGGAUCUUGUCCUACGAAAAGAUGCUUGGGAAACAUGAUGUUGAGAAUGACAACAGAAGGAUGAGCGAACGAGAGAUGGAUGGGCUUGAGUCCAAGCAAAGACACUUGAUUAGAAGUACUGGAAAGCUACAAAACAAGAUUGCAAAGAUUUAUAAUGAUGUUGAGAGGAAGCUUAGACAAACUCUUAAUGGUGAGGAGGAACACAUAUAUGAAGACAGAGUACUUGAUGAAGAGAUCUAUAAGACUGCCGAAUCCAUUGGAGUUAAUCCUAGAUAUCUUUUAAUCCGAAAGCAAAACAUGGCAGAGAAAGAACGACUUGAAUUGGUGGAGGAGCUGGAGAUGAUUAGAAGUGAAAUGAAGAGGCUAAGCAGCAUGAAGAAAAGUACGAUGGACCCGGCGAACUUUGAUCUUCUGGAGCGGAACGAACUGAUGAUCGAGGAUCUAAAGGUGAAGAUCGACAAGCUGGAAAAAGACAGGCUUGCGAUUAUACAAAGCAUCUCAAGAUUUGAUGAUCUAGGAUAUAAGGAGAAUCUGAAAGCGUUCCACCACAUCAAUGGAAGAUUGGGAAGGUUUCUUAGAUACUUCAUACCAGAGUCGGAUGCAAGGAUCGAUGAAAACAAUGGAGAGUAUUCCUUAAGAGUCAAGAUAGGAAACUGGAAGGAGUCUUUGGGAGAGCUUAGCGGGGGGCAGAGAUCUCUUGUAGCUCUUUGUCUAAUAUUUUCCAUGCUUACAUACAGACCAUCCUCAUUUUAUAUUUUCGACGAGAUUGAUUCUGCAUUGGACCUAAGCUAUACACAAGGAAUUGGAGAGAUCAUAAGGAACGAGUUUAGCAAUGCCCAGUUCAUAGUGGUAUCCCUAAAGAAUGGGAUGUUUGACAAUGCAAAUAACAUAUUCAAGGUGUAUCUACAGGAUGGAAAGUCGAGGAUAUGUAGAAUAAAGUGA